CCCACGUCCGAGCCGGUGACGUACCUGCUCAUAUUUAGCAACAAUAUUGGGAUCAUCAUCUUGGCCGUGACUACGUGUCAAAGGUCGUGAACUCGCCGUGAAAGGUCACAAGGAUGUACCCGCCAUGGCUGCAGGUUUCCCUGGCUCCUUCCAUACGUGCAAACAGCACAGUAAUCUCCUCUAUUUCAUAGGAUUCACAACAUAGACUGCAGUUUUAGGAAGAAUGGAGGACGACACAGACCAUCCUGAGGAUGAGAUCACGUGCUCGUCACGUGAUAACUUCGUGAUUAACGAGUGUCCGUACUGCGACUUCAACUCCCAGUACAAGAAGAACCUCACACGUCAUCUGAAGAGGGCCCACCCACGGGAAAGAUUUUACAAGUGCAGCCACUGCCAGUUUACCACGCCGUUCGAGUGUGAGAUGAACAUACACAGCUCUAAACACAAAGUUUGGGCCAUCAAAAUCUACCGAUGUCGUCACUGUGAGUUCGCCGCUACCCGCCGUAAGGCCCUGAGAGCGCACCUGGCCAAACACACCAAACCGUACAUGUGUGGGGAGUGCGGAUACAGGGCGGCGUACAAAUCAAACAUGGCGUCUCACAUGAAAAUUCACAUCGGAGAAAAACCUUACAGAUGUUCGCGCUGUUGCUACGCGACCGCGGAGUCGGGCAAACUUUCGCGCCACAUGAGACUCAAACUGCACCGCCCCGAAGAUCCGCAAGAGGGCGUCUACAAAUGUCCGUGUUGCGACUUCAUGUCUUCAACGUUGUCGGUGAUGAUCGUGCAUUUUGCUACGCCAAACACGGACCACUUUUUGUGUAAGAUUUGCUCGCACGUCAUGGCAAACAAGGGCGAUUACGAAGCACACAUGCACAGCCACAUAGGCAACCAGUAUUUCCCCUACCAAAACGGAAAAUGUAAUACGUUUUGGAAGCGUCGGCGUAUGUACUGCACUCCAACGAAACUCGACGUCCGGACACCUGUAAAACCCCAUAUCAGUCCUCCAUCUUAUUCCGACUUCUACUGGUCAAAGAAACUGUUGAACUGCUGUUUGGAUAGCCUUCGUCGCCCGACGUAUUGGCUUUGUUACAAGGAUCAACAUGGGGAUUUCUUGGCAACCUCAGAGAGACUGGAUCGGUUACCCCCUUCACAACCGCCAGUGAGUCCAGAACACUUCUUGAACGACAAGAACUCAGAAAACCCUUUUGAAGAUGAUGACUUUCGGGAUGACCACAGUACUAAAGAAGACAAUAACAAUCAUUGCUACCCUGUACUCUGUACACUCCUGGCUACAGAGGUUAAGUAGACACACAGAAUACAGACUCUGAAUUGCAUUCUAUUAUUACAAUCCAAAAUGUUCUCUUCGCACGUUAUAAUACUCCCCAAUCAGAUAGCCUGGUAUCCAGCCGUAUUUGCUAAGAGGACAGAAAAUACUCGGGAGCUAUAACACAGCUAGAUACCAGGCUACGAAAUAGACGCACAGUUCUACUUGCUUUUAUUGUCUAUGACAUUUUUGAAAGAAUUUUGACUACUUAGCGGUUUACAAGUAGACGACCCCUGGCAGCUUUGUUGGUACUAAAGUUAAGAGCCUUCUUGCUACUGUUGUUGUGACCUUUUUGUUGGUCAUUACUUCAAAACCAUAUCAAACAGAAAGGUGCACAGGUGCACUUGCCACUGGUUCCAUGUAGCAUAAUGUUGUAAUGAUUGAAUGAAACUUGUUGCAUUUCGAGAAACAGAUAUAAUCAAAGUCCACUGCGUUAAACGGUAAACUACAAUCAAAGGAUAAGGUAAAUGCGUGCCAUUGAAGUCCAUGUUCGUUUACAUGAAUGUUUAUGUUAUGAAAAAUAUAUUGGUCCAAUGACCAUUUAUAGUUAUUGUAGUUAAUGUAGUACAUAUUGUUAUACGUGAAACGUAAAAUAUGUUGCAGUGUUAUCUAGAAGUAUGACUUCUUUGAUAUAUCAUGAAAGCUCAUUGUUUGUAUAGUUAAACAAAGUUCUUAUUUAUUUUGUGCACUGUAUAUAAACUGUACAUUCUUUAGAUAUGGGAAACAAGACUACGUAAGAUCACUCA